UCUCCUCAGUGGGCUGUGGCUGCUCUCCAGGCGUUACCCCGUCCCUGCCCUCCCCAGGAGUGCCCUGUACAGGAUCAGCAGCCCUGCCCUGGGCACCCCUCAGUCCAGGUGCUACUCCUCGGGGGGAAGGAAGGGAUUCAUCUCAGGUUUUGUGGAGAACAUCAAACAGGAGUUAGCCAAAAACAAAGAGAUGAAGGAAAGCAUCAAAAAAUUCCGAGAUGAAGCAAAAAAGCUGGAGGAGUCGGAUGCGCUGCGGGAAGCAAGGAGGAAAUAUAAAACCAUUGAAUCUGAAACAGUGAAGACCUCAGAGGUGAUUAAAAAGAAACUUGAAGAAAUAACAGGGACGGUUAAAGAGAGUUUGGAUGAGGUCAGCAAGAGUGACCUGGGCAGGAAGAUCAAGGAGGGGGUGGAGGAAGCUGCCAAAACGGCCAAACAGUCUGCAGAGUCUGUGACCAGGGGAGGGGAGAAGCUGGGCAGGACUGCAGCCUUCAAAGCCAUCUCCCAGGGAGUAGAAACUGUGAAGAAGGAGCUAGAUGAGAGUGUUUUGGGCCAGACAGGUCCUUACAGACGCCCGGAGCGGCUCCGGAAGCGGACGGAAUAUUCCGGAGAGAGGAUCAAAGAGCAGCGAGUGUUUGAAGCCAAUGAAGAAGCCAUGGGCAUGGUGCUGCAUAAAGACUCCAAGUGGUACCAGCAGUGGAAAGAUUUCAAGGACAACAACGUGGUUUUCAACAGGUUCUUUGAGAUGAAGAUGAAAUACGACGAGAGCGACAACGCCUUCAUCCGAGCGUCGCGCGCCGUCACCGACCGCGUCACCGACCUCAUAGGGGGGCUGUUCUCCAAGACCGAGAUGUCCGAGGUGCUGACGGAGAUCCUCAGGGUGGACCCCUCCUUCGACAAGGAUCGCUUCCUGAAGCAGUGCGAGCGCGACAUCAUCCCCAACGUGCUGGAGGCUCUGAUCUCCGGGGAGCUCGACAUCCUCAAGGACUGGUGCUAUGAGGCCACCUACAGCCAGCUGGCCCAUCCCAUCCAGCAGGCCAAAGCCUUGGGGCUCCAGUUCCACUCCAGGAUCCUGGACAUCGACAACAUCGACCUGGCCAUGGGGAAGAUGAUGGAGCAGGGCCCCGUGCUGAUCAUCACCUUCCAGGCCCAGGUGGUGAUGGUGAUCAAGAACCACCAGGGAGAGGUGGUGGAAGGGGACCCGGACAAGGUGCUGCGCAUGCUCUACGUGUGGGCGCUGUGCCGGGACCAGGACGAGCUGAACCCCUACAUGGCCUGGAGGCUGCUGGACAUUUCCUCCUCCAGCACGGAGCAGGUGCUCUGAGCAGGGCUGGGCUGGGCCCUUCCCACCCCUCUGGAAGCAGCUCCAGCCUGGAAUUCCCCACGGGGAGCAGCCCAGGCUGGGGGUUUGGGAGAGCUCCAGCUUAUCCCAAUCCCUGAGGAAUGGGAAUUCCUGCUCGGGAACGUCUGGGACGAGCAGCUGCUGCUUCAUCCUCGUGCCUCAGGAGGCUCCUGGGCAGCUGGGAACCCCCAAAGCUGUCAUUCCCACCUGUUGGCACCCUUGGAGAUCCCUGGAAAGGCCUUGGAGGGGCUCCUGGCUGCCAGUCUCCUGCCCUGCCGUGUCUUGCACUUUCCCAAACCAAAUACAACCAGGACUUUGCACAUGGAGGUGUUGGAUCCUCAGGUUGGUGGUGGGAUGGGGCUGAUAAUUGAAUAUCCAGGGCUGAGAUUUGUUUAUGCACAGCUUGCAAGGGGCAAUGCUGUUGGUUCUGGUCACAAAGAGCCACAGCUGCGUCCCUCGUGGUGCUGGGGAGGGUGUGGGACAGGAGGGGAAGGGCAGAGGGAGUGUCUGAGCAGUGGGACUGCUUUUGGGAAGGCUGAAUUUUUCUGUCCCAUCCUGUCUCAUUCCCAGGAGGAAAGCUGUGCUCCUUGCUCAGCUCUCUGGGCUUCUCUGCUCCUCAUCCCUGCACAGAUCCCAGGUCCAGGAGCAGAAACUUCCCCAGUCUGCUGCUGGAGUGUGGGGUGAAAUCCCCUUUCAGGCCCAAUCUAAAAAAUGGGGUUUGAAAAUCCCAAAUCAUGGAAAAAAUUCCCUGAAUUAAUUUUCCAUUGGCAGCAUUCAGUGGGGUUUGGGACCCUCUCCUUCUUGAGCUUCUUUCUCCUGGGAGAAAGAGCAGGGGAAUGGCUGAGGGGGAGCAGAAAUUGUGGGAUUUGGGCUUCUGGAGGGGUUUGGGAGCUGAGCCAGGGCCGAGGCACCUCCUGCCCGUGGGAAGGGAGCUUGGGAGAAGGUUUGGAGAGGAAAUCCAAGGAUUGCUGUGGUGCUGAGGGUGAGGCAGGGGAGCUCUGCCCCGCCAGAGUGAUUAAAGAGAAUAAUUCCA